AUGUAUUUACUCAUUCAUUGUCUCACCCGAAGUUACUCACUUUCCCGGCUACAUCGCCGGUUUCCUUCGUGGUCUUCUGGCAACAACAAAAACCCACUUCGUUGCUGGCGACUUUUCCCGGCUAAAUGGACAAAAGCAAACACCAACGUCUCAAAACCCACCGGUACUCUUCACACUCGCCACAAUGAUACACCUUUCAAGCCAGACCAGACCCACAACAAGAACAAACUCAACAACAUCAUCAACAACCGAAGACCAAAUAGCAGUGAUCUUUUUCUCAAUACAAAGAAGAAUUUCACUACCCGUUUGCUAACUCGAUCUCUUUCUUCAAUGGCUAGCAGUAAUUCAACUCCAAGUGAUGCCGAAGACGCUGCUGUGAAAGCUGUAAACAAGCGAUAUGAAGGACUAGUCACGGUCCGUACAAAGGCUAACAAAGGCAAAGGUGCUUGGUAUUGGGCACACUUUGAGCCCAUUCUGAUUCGAAACCUGGAAACAAACCUCCCAAAGGCCGUGAAACUCAAGUGCACUUUGUGUCACGCUGCGUUUUCGGCCUCCAACCCGUCAAGAACAGCCUCGGAGCACCUCAAGAGAGGGACUUGCCCCAAUUUUAGCUCUGCUUUGAAACCCAUUUCGCCCACUUCACCGUCUCCAUUACCGCCUUUAGCUUCGCCGUCGUCGCAGAAUCAUCGGAAAAGAAGUUCACAGCAAACAGGCACUUCUUCACGGUCACACCAAAUCCAUGGAAUGGUCGAUUCUUCGCGGUUUUGUGGCCAAAUGGGCUAUUCAUCGGUCCAAAUUGCACAAACACCGGCGAGUAAUACGGGUUCGAAUCAACAGCAAUUGGUGUUAUCCGGUGGAAAGGAGGAUUGGGGUGCAUUGGCAAUGCUGGAAGAUAGUGUGAAAAAGCUUAAAAGUCCGAAAGCUUCACCGGGUCCUAGUCUAAAUAAGGAUCAGGUUGAGUCAGCUUUCGACUUAUUAGCAGACUGGUUCUACGAGUCUUGUGGGUCAGUUUCGUUUUCUAGUCUUGAACACCCCAAGUUCAAAGCUUUUCUUAACCAGGUGGGCUUGCCUGGAGUGUCUAGAAUGGAGUUUUUGGCUGCAAGGCUUGAUUCUAAAUUUGAGGAUGCAAAAAUGGAGUCAGAAGCUAGAAUUAGGGAUGCAGUGUUCUUUCAAGUUGCGUGUGAUGGUUGGAAGAGCAAGAAUUAUGGGUGUGGAGAAGAGAAUUUGAUUAAGUUUAUGGUAAAUCUUCCUAACGGGACGAGUGUGUUUCAAAAGUCUGUCUUUACAGGUGUUUCCCCACCAUCACAGUAUGCCGAGGAGAUUUUGUGGGAGACGACAAGGGGGAUAUGUGGUAAUGUUGUCCAAAGAUGUGUAGGGAUAGUUUCAAAUAAGUAUAAAGCUAAGGCAUUAAAGAAUUUGGAAGUUCAGAAUCAGUGGAUGGUUAAUUUAUCUUGUCAGGUUCAAGGUUUUGUUAGUUUAAUUAAGGAUUUUAGUAAAGAGCUCCCCCUUUUCAGGACUGUCACAGAUAAUUGUAUCAAGAUUGCAACUUUUUGUAAUAGUAAGCCUCAAAUUAGGAAUAGUUUCCACAAGUUCAGGUUGCAGGAGGUUGAGCUUUCUGGUUUGAUUAGAGUUCCUCCACCCAGAUGUGAUUACUCAAGGAACUUUUCUCCGGUUAUUGCAAUGUUGGAGGAUAUAUUGGGCUGUGCUCAAAUUCUUCACUUAGUUGUCCUUGAUGAUGCCUAUAAAGUCAUAUGUUUAGAGGAUCCCAUUGGUAGAGAAGUUGCAGAGAUGAUUCAGGAUGGGGGGUUUUGGAAGGAUGUAGAGGCUGUCAAUUCUUUAGUGAAGCUGAUCAGUGGGAUUGCUGAAGAGAUUGAGGCUGAGAGGCCACUAGUUGGGCAGUGCCUUCCUCUUUGGGAGGAGUUGAGGGCAAAAGUGAAGGACUGUUGUGCCAAAUUCAGCAUAGAUGAUAGGCCUGUCGAGAGGAUAGUCGAAAGGCGAUUUAAGAAAAACUAUCACCCGGCUUGGUCAGCUGCGUUUAUACUCGAUCCACUUUAUUUGAUGAGGGAUGCGAGCGGAAGGUACCUUCCACCUUUUAAAUGUUUGACGCAUGAUCAGGAGAAGGAUGUGGACACGCUGAUAACACGGUUGGUUUCCAGGGAGGAAGCUCAUAUAGCAUUGAUGGAGCUCAUGAAAUGGAGGUCAGAAGGACUAGACCCACUUUAUGCACAAGCUGUUCAAGUAAAGCAGCAAGAUCCUGUGACAGGAAAGAUGAAAAUUGCAAACCCUCAGAGCAGUAGACUUGUGUGGGAAACUUGUCUAAAAGAGUUUAAGUCACUGGGCAAGGUUGCAAUCAGGCUUCUCUUCCUUCAUGCAACCUCCUGUGGAUUCAAGUGCAAUUGGUCCUUUAUGAAAUGGAUCAGUGUGCAAGGGCCUUCAAGCUUUGGCCUGGAUAGGGCUCAGAAGAUGAUAUUCAUUGCAGCUCAUGAAAAGCUUGAGAGGCGAGAUUUCUCUAGUGAGGAAGAGAAAGACACAGAGCUGUUUGCCAUGGCUAGUGGCGAUGAUGACAUGCUCAAUGAAGUCUUUGCAGCUUCAACCUCAGUGUAAUAUUUUUCCUUUUAACGUGUUUAGAUUUCCCCAUUUGUAGAAUCUAUCAAAUUCUUUCAAUUUCUGUGUUCUGUGUCUAGUUCUGACCCCCCCAUAUAGAAGAUUUUGAAGAGGUAGGGUUGGAAAGGCAGGAGAAGGCAUCAAUCAUUGUGUUACUAGAAAUUGCAUAGCUACAUGAUCUGAACGAAGCAUUAGGUGGCAUCAUUGCUGGUCCUUGGGUUUUGUAGAGAGGGAUUUCAUUCUUGUUUACAAUGAUAAAAAUUGUCCAGGAACAGAACAGGAAUGUUGUAACUAUUUGAAUUUGAGAUUAAUUUGAUAUAUAAUAUAAUUCUU